AUGGAGGAAAAGAAUAAAGACACCGAUGACUGUAAGAGGCAGAGGAGAAAGAGACGUAUAGAUAUACCGAGGCGGGCUCCCUCUAUCGUGGUGCCGGAGAGGACACCGGUAUACAUAACCGCGGACAAGACUACUUGCCUCCACUGCGGAUGCUUCCCAAAGGAAGAUCCAUACGUCAGGAACAAGAAGAUUAAUCCAUGUCAAAGGUCACCCUCAACCCUGUAUGAAAUAGCCGCCAGGGUGGUGGAUGGCCUUCAGUUGCCGGCACCGUUUAUGUGGACAGUGGAGGACGUGGCCGAUUGGAUUUCAGAAGAAGUCGGCCUACCACAGUACAGGGAAUGCAUCGUAACGAACCAGGUCGACGGUCUCCGCCUUCUGAUGCUGGAGGAUCCGUCGAAGCUGCCGGAAAUGAACAUACACGAUUUCGACCAUAUACUCACGAUGACGUCUAGCGUACGUCGGAACUACAGCGCGGAGUGGGUCAGGUUCUCGCGGAGCGUUGGCCUGCCCAGGAAACCACUGACCCACUGCACUUGGUUCAAAUCCAGGACCGGCCCGAGUUGGGGCAUACGGAAGAACUGGACCAGAUGCGAUGUCCUGCGAUGGAUGAAGAUCAUCAUGCCGGAACCACUGUACCUAGACCACUGGGACCUCGUUUGGUACCACAAGCCCGAGUUUCCGAAGGUCAAGAUCGCCAGGGUCGGCGCGACCAGACCGUCUCCGACGAUACCGCACUACGACCCACGGAAGGAAACAUGCAACGAGUAUCUGGCGCCGAGGAAGUUCCGCCUUCUGACGCAUCUAUCCGAGUCGAAGCAAGUGAUCUGGAUGGAGAUUCCGAAGAGUCCGGAACAGGAAGCGAUAGAAGAGAGGAAGAUGGAGCCGAAAGCGAGACACGAGAGCAAUCUGAUGCCGAAGAAGAUCUGCCUGAAGGGUCUGCGGGGAGAGGAGCUGAUAUUGGCACGGAGGAAGAUGCCAAGGGCCAAGUUCCUACCC